GGAGAUUGGUUUUGGUAUACGUUAUGGUCAAUGCAGGAGAAAUGCACAGAAGAGCAGGACCGUCCAAGACUUUGUGUGCAGCUGUGCGGGAAAGCCAAGAAAAGAAAACACAAGUUCCUUGGCAUCCAAUUGCCAAGCAUUGAUAAGGCUAUUCCGCACCCGAGACAAUGGAUGGUAUAUACAUGAAUUUAGACCAGAUCACAACCACCAUUUAUCAUCAUCGUGUGGUGAGAAGGUACAUUGGCCGUCACACAGGGCAAUCGACACACACACAAAAGACAUUGUGAAGCACCUGAGGAGCAACAACAUUGGUAUAACUAAGGUCUUUUCAGUCAUCGGAAGUUCUUUCGGAUCAAUGGAGAACGUACCAUUCAACAAGAGAUCUUUGAACUACUUGUGCAAGAGGAUGAACUGGGAGAUUGCAGAAGAUGACAUCAGGAAAACAGUGGAGCUCCUAUCUGAACUUAAGAAAAAAGAUCCAAUGUUUGCAGACAGCGUUCUAGUCGACAGUGACAGCAAGAUUCAGGCACUUAUGUGGACCAAUGGAAGGAGCAGAUACCAAUAUUCGACCUUUGGAGAUGCGAUCACCUUUGACACAACAUAUCGUACAAAUCAGUACGAUAUGCCAUUCGGUCUGUUUGUGGGUGUGAACCACCAUUUCCAAAGCAUUAUACUAGGUGGUGUUCUGAUGAGGAACGAGAAGGAGGAAACUUUCGACAGGGUGUUCAAGGAGUUUGUGUCAUUGAUGGGAGGCAAAGCAACUCUUACUAUACUAACAUACCAAUGUCGUUCAAUGGAAUUGCCUAUCGCUAAUGUGUUGCCCGGAACAAAACACCGGUGGUGCAAAUGGCACGUCCUGCGUCGCGCGAAGGAGACACUUGGACCAGCAUACACAAUGAACAAAGAACUGAGGGAUGAAUUACACAAGAUUUUGGAAUAUAUGCCAACUGUCAAAGAGUUCGAAGCAGCCUGGCAAACGUUAGUGCAGAAGUACAAUCUUCAGGAACACCCAAUGAUGAACCAGUUAUACGAACUCAGAAAAAAAUGGGCAAAACCAUAUUUUGCAGGUGUGUUCUGCGCAAGGAUGACGAGCACGCAAAGGUCAGAGAGCACCAACCAUAUGCUGAAGAAUUUUGUACCUCCUGGAGCCUCAAUGCACAUGUUCAUCAAACAUUACCAGAAACUCCAGUUUGACCGUGAUGCGGAAGAGAAUUUUGCUGAGAAGAAGAGUCGCUUGGUCAGCCCAGUGCUAAAAUCAGGAUUGCCUUUGGAAAGACAUGCUGGGAAGGUUUAUACACCGGCGUUGUUCAAGCUCUUCCAAGAAGCAUGCUUUAAAUCUGCAUCCUACUACGUCGAGAACAUAUUGGCUGUGAACGAUACAUAUUGUGUGACACACCUUUAUGCUGACCAGAGAGAAGCUUGGUCCAAGACCUCCUACAAUGUGAAAGUGCAACAACCUGACAACUAUCUACAAUGCGAGUGUGGCAUGUACGAACACAUGGGUUUGCUCUGCUGCCAUGCGAUCAGGGUCAUGGCACAGCUGAGAUUCACGAAGAUACCAGAGAGGCACAUCAUGAGGAGGUGGACUAAAGAAGCAUGCGAAGAUCUGCCAGAGUACUUGAAAAUAUACAAAGGACGCAGCCCCAUUCUUGGGUCAACCACAUUCAGGCACACAGCUCUUUAUACAACAGCACUAGACAUUGUGCGAAUGGGUGACAGCAACCCAGAGGCUUUUGAGUUUGCAAUGUCAAAAUUAUCUGAUGCAAUGGUUGGUUUAAAAGAGAAAGCAAAUGGGUCAGACGACAAAGGUUUGGAGGACAUCCUAGACAAAGAAAAAAUUGAUAUGCAGCAGAAUAUCAACGGAAAAACUGUGCUGAAAAAUUCCAUGAUAGUAGAGUCUCGCAAGAGAGAUCGUGGCAGACCGACGAAUGCAAGAUGUAGACCAUGUAGACCUGGAUAUGAAGACGCGCACUUAAUGUAUGUUGCGUGA